CGCUGAAGCGAUUGGCUGAAAGCGCUUUCGGUGAGCAUCUCGGACGUGAUCCGUUCUCUGGCGCCAAAAUGUCGCUCGUGGCAGGGGUCAUACGGCGGCUGGACGAGACAGUGGUGAACCGCAUCGCGGCGGGGGAAGUAAUCCAGCGGCCUGCUAAUGCUAUCAAAGAGAUGAUUGAGAACUGUUUAGAUGCAAAAUCCACAAGUAUCCAAGUGGUUGUUAAAGAGGGAGGCUUGAAAUUGAUUCAGAUCCAAGACAAUGGCACAGGAAUCAGGAAAGAAGAUAUGGAUAUUGUGUGUGAGAGGUUCACUACCAGUAAACUGCAGACCUUUGAGGAUUUAGCCAACAUUUCUACCUACGGUUUUCGAGGUGAGGCUUUGGCCAGUAUAAGCCACGUGGCUCAUGUCACUAUUACAACCAAGACAGCUGAUGGGAAGUGUGCGUACAGAGCAAGUUACUCAGAUGGAAAACUAAAAGCUCCUCCUAAACCAUGCGCAGGCAAUCAAGGGACCCAGAUCACGGUGGAGGACCUUUUUUACAACAUAACCACGAGAAGGAAAGCUUUAAAAAAUCCAAGUGAGGAAUAUGGGAAAAUUUUGGAAGUUGUUGGCAGAUAUGCAAUACACAAUUCAGGCAUAAGCUUCUCAGUUAAAAAACAAGGUGAGACAGUAGCUGAUGUUAGAACACUGCCCAGUGCCACAACCGUGGACAAUAUCCGGUCCAUCUUUGGAAAUGCUGUGAGUCGAGAACUGAUCGAAGUUGGGUGUGAGGAUAAAACCCUAGCCUUUAAAAUGAGUGGCUACAUAUCUAAUGCGAACUACUCUGUGAAGAAGUGCAUCUUCUUACUCUUCAUCAACCAUCGUCUGGUAGAAUCUACUUCAUUGAGGAAAGCCAUCGAAACAGUGUAUGCAGCGUAUUUGCCCAAAAACACACAUCCCUUCCUGUACCUCAGUUUAGAAAUCAGCCCGCAGAACGUGGAUGUCAACGUGCACCCUACCAAACACGAAGUUCACUUCCUGCACGAGGAGAGCAUCCUGGAGCGGGUGCAGCAGCACAUCGAGAGCCAGCUGCUGGGCUCCAACUCCUCCAGGCUGUACUUCACUCAGACUUUGCUUCCGGGACUUGCUGGUCCCUCUGGGGAGGUGAUUAAAUCCUCAGCAGGUCCGACGCCCUCAUCUGCUUCUGGAAGUGGUGACAAAGUCUAUGCCCACCAGAUGGUCCGUACGGAUUCCCGGGAACAGAAGCUCGAUGCGUUUCUGCAGCCUCCGAGCAAGCCCCCAUCCCGUCAGCCCCAGACCAGUGUCCCCGAGGGUAGGUCAGAGACCAUGGCCAGACAGCAAGAUGAGGAGAUGCUUGAACUCCCAGCUCCUAAAUGCUUGAACUCCCAGAUGGCUGCCAGGAGUCAGGAUUUGGAGGAGGAUACCGCCACGGCAACUCCGGAAACAGCAGAAGAGAGAGGACCUGCUUCCAGCCCAGCCAACCCCAGAAAAAGACAUCGGGAAGAAUCUGAUGUAGAAAUGGUGGAAGAUGAUUCCCAAAAGGAGCUGACAGCAGCUUGUACCCCUCGGAGAAGGAUCAUCAACCUCACCAGUGUUCUGACUCUCCAGGAGGAAAUUAACGAGCGAGGACAUGAGACUCUCCGGGAGAUGCUGCAUAACCACUCCUUUGUGGGCUGUGUGAACCCCCAGUGGGCCUUGGCACAGCAUCAGACCAAGCUGUACCUUCUCAACACCACCAAACUCAGUGAAGAACUCUUCUACCAGAUACUCAUUUAUGAUUUUGCCAAUUUUGGUGUUCUGAGGUUAUCGGAGCCAGCACCGCUGUUUGACCUCGCCAUGCUCGCCUUAGACAGUCCUGAGAGCGGCUGGACAGAGGAAGAUGGCCCCAAAGAAGGACUUGCUGAGUACAUUGUCGAGUUUCUGAAGAAGAAGGCCGAGAUGCUGGCAGACUAUUUCUCUUUGGAGAUUGAUGAGGAAGGAAACCUAACAGGACUGCCCCUUCUGAUUGACAACUAUGUGCCCCCUUUGGAGGGACUGCCUAUCUUCAUCCUUCGCCUGGCCACAGAGGUGAACUGGGAUGAAGAAAAGGAGUGUUUUGAAAGCCUCAGUAAAGAAUGUGCUAUGUUCUACUCCGUCCGGAAGCAGUAUAUAUCUGAGGAGUCGACACUUUCAGCCCAGCAGAAUGAAGUGCCUGGCUCUGCUCCGAACUCCUGGAAGUGGGCUGUGGAACACAUUGUCUAUAAGGCCUUCCGCUCACACCUUCUGCCUCCCAAACAGUUCACAGAAGAUGGCAGUAUCUUGCAGCUCGCUAAUCUACCCGACCUCUACAAAGUCUUCGAGAGAUGUUAAAUACGGUCACUUGCGGACUCUGGGGCAUGUGGUUCUUUCUAGUGUCCCUAUGUUGGUAGGAGUGAAGACGAAAGACUCAACUUUGCCUUCUCACUAGUCCUCCUUGAUGCACAGUGGAUUGACUAUAAAUAAAUGAUCAGGUAUGUCUUACUGUGA